CAAACACUUUACGCCUUUAUGGUGUGUAUAUAACUAUAUAUGCUCAUCCAAUUAAACGGGAAUGCGUAUAUAAUUGCUUCUAAUAGCCGCAGAACAGUGAGCUCCGUCCUCUAAACAAACACAACCUGCCAUGUUGAAAACUUUGAAUCCAUUUCAGAUGCGUCAACCGGCAUUUUUUCAUCGCAAACAAGCACCUACGGGGUCGGUAAACAAACACACUUCACGUUUGGAACCAGCACGUUUUUUUCCUUCAUUCUUUUUCUUCUUGGUGACCACUAUCUACUAAUUUUCUUUGUCAUUUUCAAGCUAAAAUAAAACCACUUCUCUCAUGAACCGUCCAAUAUAGGAAACCGUACUCAAAAAGAGAAAGAUUUUAGACCAUAGAACACCAAGAGUCCUCAAAGUUGUAGUCCCACACGCGUGGUUUUCAGUUUUCAAUGGUCAUCAUCUCAAUUUCCCACUAAAUUAAAUCUCCAUAAAUACAUAGCCCAAAAUCCCAUAACACUCACUCAAUCCUCUGUUACAUUUAACCACAUUCUCAUUCUUCCUUCAUCCUUCAAUUGUCCAUUUCUACUGCACCUGAAUUCUGCAUAGUGCAUGCAUGUACGCAUCAACCAUAAUGGCAUCAUCACUUACCUCUCUACCUUCCCCUUUCCUGCAACUAGAAUUUCCAUCAAAGAACACCAACAGACCUUACAAGUGCAACCACUCCAGUUUCUCAAUCAGAGCCUCUACCAAUGAGACACCAUCACUAUCAUCACCACCGUCCUCUGCUCCGGCAACCACCCCUCUUCCAAUGCGCAAAAUCCCCAGCGACUACGGCCUCCCCAUCAUCGGACCCGUCAAAGACCGCCUGGACUAUUUCUACAACCAAGGCCGCGACAAGUUCUUCCAAUCCCGCAUGCGAAAAUACAACUCCACCGUCUACCGCGUCAACAUGCCGCCGGGACCCUUCAUCUCCUCCAACCCAAAUGUCAUCGUAUUGCUCGACGGCAAAUCUUUCCCAACCCUCUUCGACGUCUCCAAAGUCGAGAAGCGAGACCUCUUCACCGGAACCUUCAUGCCCUCCACCGAGCUCACCGGCGGCUACCGCACCCUCUCGUACCUCGACCCCUCCGAAGAGAGGCACCACCAGCUCAAACGCCUCAUGUUCUUCCUCUUAAAAUCCAGAAUCAGCCAUGUCAUCCCGGAGUUCCAUUCCUCCUACACCGAACUCUUCAACACCUUGGAAAAUGACCUCGCCGAAAAGGGCAAAGCCAUUUUCGCAGACGUUAAUGACCAGGCAGCAUUCAACUUCCUGGCCAAAGCCCUUUACGGGACCCAUCCUUCCGAGACCCAUCUCGGAAGGGAUGGACCCAGCAUUAUCACGAAAUGGACUCUAUUCCAAAUAAGCCCAAUUCUCAAAUUGGGCUUACCAAAACUUAUAGAAGAAUCCAUCUUCCACACCUUUCGUCUCCCUCCUGCAUUAAUCAAGAAAGAUUACCAGAAACUCUACAACUUCUUCUACGAAUCGUCCGGCCCGUUGCUCGAUGAAGCUGUCCGUUUAGGCGUGUCCAGAGAAGAAGCAUGCCAUAAUCUCUUAUUCGCCACGUGCUUUAAUUCAUACGGAGGGAUUAGGGUUUUCUUCCCGAUCAUGCUGAAGUGGAUUGGUCGAGCAGGGGUGAAGCUUCACACAAGGUUAGCGGAGGAGAUAAGAUCAGCUGUUAGAACUCACGGCGGAGGGAAGGUGACAAUGGCGGCGAUAGAAGCAAUGCCGUUGUUGAAAUCAGUGGUGUACGAGGUGUUCCGGAUUGAGCCUCCGGUGGCGUUGCAAUACGGGAAGGCGAAGAGGGACUUGUUGAUCGAGAGCCAUGAUAAUGUGUUCCAAGUGAAGGAAGGUGAGAUGUUGUUUGGGUUUCAACCGUUUGCAACAAAGGAUCCGAAGAUUUUUGAUAGAGCUGAUGAGUUUGUGGGGGAUAGGUUUAUGGGUGAAGGUGAGAAGCUGUUGAAGCAUGUGUUGUGGUCGAAUGGGCCGGAGACGGAGAAACCAACCUUGGGGGACAAGCAGUGUGCCGGUAAGGAUUUGGGGAUGUUGUAUUCUAGGCUUCUGGUGGUGGAGCUGUUUUUGCGUUAUGAUUCGUUUGAUAUUCAAGUUGGGCCUUCGCCUAUAGGUCAUGCCAUUACAUUCACCUCUCUUAAGAGGGCAAGUUUUUAGAUUUAGAUUUUGGGCGCGAAUGAUGACAAAAAUUACAGAAUGAUCAAUGUCUUUGUAGUUAAAUAAUGUUAUCUAAGAAUCUCUUGACACAGAAAGAGUCAAAUAAAAAAUGAUGGGGGUGGGACUUGGGAGAGAGCUUUUUCGAUGGAAAUAAGAGAAGAAGAUGAUGGAGUGAUGUUUUGGAGCCAAGUUUAGUGGAUGGUGAUAAGUACCUUAUUUGCACGUGCCAAAAUAUGCAGAUAAUGAAUGUGAGGUCAGGGCACUAUGCCACUAACAUCUCUAACCUCACUUCUUUCACAUUCACUUACUUCUUUAUUCCAUUUAUAUUAUUCUUCAGAAUUUGUGUUCUUA